ACCAGGUGUUGGCAUUGCUGUUCAGCGAGCAAAAAUAUCCAACUUUAAUCUGCCAGAAUGAGUUCAGAGGUAAACACCACCUGCCAGCCCAAGGACAGUGAAGUUGGGAAUGUGUUUCUGAUGAUCUUCCUGAUGGUUGAGACGCUUGUGGGCAUACCGGGAAGCAUCAUGGCAAUAUGGAUUUUCUGUUGCCGUAUGGAGUCCUGGAAAUCUCAUGUCACUUUCCUCUUUAACCUGUGUCUGGCUGACUUGCUGCUUUUUCUCAGUGUGCCCUUCCGCAUCGACUCCCACUGGCGAGGAGAUGACUGGAACUUUGGACCGGUUUGGUGUCGGAUUAACCUGUACAUGUUGUCUGUCAAUCGAUCCGCUAGUAUCUCUUUCAUGACAGCCGUGGCACUGGACCGUUACUUCAAGGUGGUUCAUCCAUAUCACUCUGUCAGUCGACUGCUUUCGAGACACGCGCACAAGUUUGCAGCUCUGAUAUGGCUCAUUGUAGUUUUGUAUCGGAUCCCAUUGUUGACCACCAACCUCCUUCAUACAGACCAUAAGACAGGAAAAAAACUGUGUCGCAGCUUCCACUCCUACAAAGUAAUCCCUCUGGAAAUGAAAGUUCACUAUGUUGCUUAUAUUUUAGAGUUUUUCCUGCCAUUAUUUUUGUUGGUUUUCUGCUCUGUAAGGAUUGCCUGCCAAGUACGAAAGUUGAGAAUGGACAAAGAGAGAAUACACCAGGUCAUCAGAGCUGUGAUGGUCAUCAUUGCAGUGUUCACCUUCUGCUUCCUGCCAGGUGUCUUUUCAGGCCUGGUGAGUCUGUACAUAAACAUAUAUCACCAAGAGGCAUGUGAAUCCUACGAGUUUUGGAUUAAUCUCUUCAAGGUGUGUAUUGGCUUCACCUACCUCAACAGUGCCUUGGACUCUGUCAUCUACAUUUUCUCAAGCUCUGUGUUUCAUCGUAAACUCAAGAACUCCUUCAGAUGGAGAAGGACUCCAGAGCAACUCGUAACCUAUAGCUCCUGACAGGUUCUGCACCCUGACCGGCUAAAGGAGAUUCAUCUCAGUCACUCGGGUUUUCUUCAUUCUACGGUGAUCUUCAAGAUGAAGGCACUAGUGAUAGCUUCUAAGACAUGCACUUGGAAGGCUGCCUGUUGGAUGUUGUUGGAUAGAAGAAGGUCGAACUGGUGCACAUUUCUUUGGCUUUACUCAUGUCCAUUUAUCUAAUUAUUGAUAAGCAAUCUACUGAAUGACCAAAAGUUCAAAUUUUGGAGGAUAAAGGUUUCUAACCUUUCACAACUGCAAAAUGUUUUUUAGGUUGUGUCUGGAAAAUAUGUGCUGUAUAUGAGGCAGUCAGAGGAGAUAUAAUAAAGAAAGAACAUUCUCUUUUAGUGUGAACGUCUUUGAAAAGAGGAAGAGGAUAAAUGACCAGUUUGUAUCACUAAGAUGACUUGGAGCCUUAAAUACAUCAGAGUGAGUUCUGACAUCUGAAAACAGAGAUAACCUGUCAAAGUCAUUGUUUUAAAUUCUUAUCCUCUUGCCGAUCAGCUAUCAAUUGAUCCAUCCAGACACCCAGGGCAAGUGAAAAAAAGGUAUGACCUGCCUUUUGCCCACAAACUGAUGAUAGAUAGGCAGCAGCCUCACUGUGACCCUUACAGAUGAGUAGAAGGAGAUGGAUGAAUUCAGAACUUCUGCUUCUUUGCAU